GAUUCUGUUAAUAAAACAGUUCUGUGUUCAACUUCGAGUCGGAUCGAUGUAUUUGCUUAGUGGUGAUAAUAAUGUUAUUAUUUGGAAGAGUACGAUGCAUCGCGAUUGGAGUUCUGCUCUUUUUCAUGUUUGAGACCAUUGCUGCCCAAAGGUAUUUCACUGAUACCCCUCCUGAUGGAUUAUAUCAACGUAAUACGAUGGCAGAUUGCCCAAUGCGCUUCCACAAUGACACUGAUAGGUUUAAUGUCCUUUUUGCGUUUGGAGGAGAACGAGCUUUCAGGGGCGAAUUUCAACACAUGGUUGCCAUUGGGUGGACUAUCGAUGAUAAGAUAAAAUACUUAUGCGGAGGAACAUUGAUUACCCAGAGAUUUGUUUUAACAGCCGCUCACUGUGCAAUCAACGGAUAUGGGACAGCACCAGAUACAGUUCGACUAGGCGAUACAGACACGGGCAGCACGGAGGACGAUGAGUUUGCUCAACAGAUACCAAUUCGAGAUAUUCGCGUACACCCAAAGUACCGACCGAGUAAAAAGUAUUUUGACAUUGCACUGAUUGAACUGGAAAAGGAUGCUAACCUAACCGAUGCUGUCUGCCCUGCAUGUCUUUGGCUGGAGAAGGACGUUCCGGAGGAAACACUAAGUGCCGUCGGAUUCGGGACAACGGGUUUCGCAGAAGAUUUGAGCCCAACCUUGCAAAAAGUUAAAUUAUCCCAUAUCAAUUUAACUGAAUGCAUGCAACGAAUACCAUUUGAUAAACGGUCGCUGCCUAACGGUCUUGUUCAUGAGCAGUUUUGUGCCGGAAGCGAAACCAUGGACACGUGUGAGGGAGAUUCAGGCGGUCCAAUUCAGACAGAGCGGUCUGAUAUAAACGGAGCAUGGAUUCCAUUGCUAGUCGGAAUUGUUUCAUUCGGGACGCCCUGUACGGAAGGUUCGACAGGUGUUUACACGAGAGUCUCAUCAUAUCUGGAAUGGAUAGAGCAAGAGAUAAAACGACCCAUGAACUAUGCGGCUUGCACCCGUACCGUUUUCUGUAGCAAUAGAAGAAAAGCAAUGAGCAAAUUUCGCGUUCCUCCAUCGGCGCCCUUCCAUCGAUUAGGCCUUCUUUGGAAUCACACUGACCAGAACUCGUAUAACUGUGGAGCUACUCUCAUCGAUUACAACUUUGCCAUAACUUCAGCAUUCUGUGCCAGAGAAAAACAAAGUGCCCCAAGGUACAUUAUAGUGCAGUAUGUGAACGAAAUUGUUUCCAUCGAGAGUAUCUACAUUCAUCCAGACUAUAGUAAGAAUAGGCCGGAAAACGACAUUGCUCUACUUAAAUUGAGCAAGUAUUUAAAGUAUGACACGGAUUUACGUCCAGCUUGUCUCUGGCGAGAAGAAGAAAUACGUGAUCAAUUUGGAAAAAUGUACUACUCUACAUAUAGUAGUAUGUUUUCAGAUAUAGACAGUUUCCAACAAGACAACUAUCAACAGUACGGUUUAGAAACCAGUAUUGGUAGUAAUGGAAGGUGCUCGAACCCAAGUUAUCAACGUAAGAAUUUAUUAUGUGCAGAUAACAAGAUACCUCUUGUUCCCAGAGUUUGCAAGAUGGAUUACGGUGGUCCAGUGUCAAACAUUGCCUACUAUCAAUAUUUACCGUAUCUGUUUGGAGUGGUCUCCAGAUUGAGCGCAGGAUGCGAGGCUGAUUUAGUUGGAACUCGGAUAUACCCUCAUGUGAAAUGGAUCGAGAAAAUUGUAUUGGAAGAAAACCAUGAUCGGUUGAUAUUUUCACCAUAGAUUAAUGUUUCAAAAGAGAAAGAGAGUAUUCGAAUAUCGAUAACAGUUAGAGUUCUCUAAACGAUCAAAAAUACGAUGUUAAAGGAAUAAUAAUAAAAGUUUUUUAUUUGCAAAUGAUGUAUGCAUGGUCAUGAAAUAAUUAAAGUUGAAAUUCAAGUACUAGAA